CACCCUAGUACUGUAGUAAAGUCUGCAAGAGUUGGUCUUUCUGUAGAUUAAAGUCAUGUCUGGUCGCGGUAAGCAAGGCGGCAAGGCCCGCGCCAAGGCCAAGUCGCGCUCGUCCCGCGCCGGCCUGCAGUUCCCGGUGGGGCGCGUGCACCGGCUGCUGCGCAAGGGCAACUACGCGGAGCGCGUGGGCGCCGGCGCGCCCGUGUACAUGGCGGCCGUGCUGGAGUACCUGACGGCCGAGAUCCUGGAGCUGGCGGGCAACGCGGCCCGCGACAACAAGAAGACGCGCAUCAUCCCGCGCCACCUGCAGCUGGCCAUCCGCAACGACGAGGAGCUCAACAAGCUGCUGGGCAAAGUGACGAUCGCGCAGGGCGGCGUCCUGCCCAACAUCCAGGCGGUGCUGCUGCCCAAGAAGACCGAGAGCCACAAGGCCAAGAGCAAGUGAAACUGACGUCAACCCAAAACGGCU